AUGACACCAGUACAAGCCAGUGCUAUCCCAUUAUUUAGUCAGAACAAAGAUGUGGUGGUUGAAGCCGUUACAGGGUCCGGGAAGACCUUGGCCUAUGCUAUACCUGUUUUACAAAAGGUUUCCACAAGAAUGUACUCCGUAUCUGAAGGAGAUGAUGCUCCUGAACCAGUGAAGAAAGGUCACAUGCUUGCAAUGGUUAUAGCACCUACUAGAGAAUUGGCAAGUCAAAUCCAAUCAGUUUUCGAUCUGAUCCUUAAAUAUUUACCGGAUGACAAAAAGAAUAUAUCUACUCAAUUGUUAGUAGGUUCUUUAACAAGUGUUAGACAAGAUAUUGAACUGUUUGUGGAUAACCGUCAUCAAAUCUUAAUUGGGACUCCGGGAAGAUUACUUGAUUUCAUGAAAUCAAAAUAUGUCCAUACAUCUUCCUUAGAAAUAGCCGUACUAGACGAGGCAGAUAAGUUAUUGGACUUGUCCUUCGAGACAGACGUGGUUCUGAUCUUAAAACAAUUACCAAAGCAAAGAAGAACAGGGUUAUUUUCUGCUACCAUAUCUACUGCUGGUGAUUCCAUCUUUAGAACAGGAAUGAACAACCCAGUUAAAGUGGUUGUUAAAUCUAAAAACCCCGCAGUUACCACUGGAUCUGGCUCUGCCCCUGCUUCCCUUUCAAUCAAAUACAUGAUGAUCAAUUCUGAAGAUAAAAUUUUGUCUUUAAUUGAAUUGCUUACUCAAUAUCACUAUAAGAAAGCCAUAGUGUAUUUCCCCACAUGCACAUCAGUCAAAUACUUUUACAAUGUGUUUCAUAAUCUCUUACUGAAAAACUUGUUACUGUUUUAUUCCCUUCAUGGACAGUUACAAACCAAAGCCAGACUCAAGACAUUGGAAGCCUUUACCAAUGACAACUCUUUGGUAAAUAAAUCUGUUUUGAUGACCACAGAUGUGGCCGCAAGAGGUAUUGAUAUACCUGAUGUGGAUCUAGUCAUUCAAUUAGACCCCCCAACGGAUCCUGCUGUGUUUUUACAUCGUUGUGGGAGAACCGGUAGAGCCAAUAAAGUCGGUAGAGCCAUAGUGAUGCUCAAUAACAACACAAGGGAAGAAGAUUAUAUUGGAUUCAUGGAAGUGAAAGGCUUGAUAUUAUCUGAAGAAACAGCUCCAAAGAUUCCCAAAGAUUUCCGAAUUAAUUUCAAUACUAAACUUAGACAAUACUUGCUUGAUGAUAGAGCACGUCAUGAACUAUCAAUUAAAGCUUAUGUUGGAUUCAUGAAAUAUUAUUCCAAACAUGUUGCAUCAUCAAUUUUCAGAUUACAAUCCUUUGAUUAUUUGGGAAUGGCCAAAAGUUAUGGUCUAUUAAGAUUACCCAAAAUGCCUGAAACAAAAUAUAUCCCGAAUGAAUUGAUACCCGAAGGUGGUUGGUUAGGAGAUCCUGUUGACCUUGAUAAUUAUGCUUACGCUGAUAAGCAAAAGGAAACCGUCAGAGUAGAAAAUUUGGAAGCAGAUAAACUUAAAAUGAUCAACGAUGCAAAGAAGAGAAAGGAACUUAAAAAAAAGAACGAAGCUUGGUCCACUAAAGUUGAAAGUAAAGAGACAAAACAAGAAAGAAGAGAAAAGAUGAAACGUAAACGUGAUGCUAUAGAAAAGCAAAUAUUGGAAAAGGACUCAUCUGAUGAAGAAGAAGUCAAGGAAGAUUGGAAAGACAUUGUUAGGUCCAAUAAAAAAAAGAAGACCACUUCUUCUUCUGGAAUGCAAGGAUCAUUUGACGAUUUAUAG